CAAAACAAUAUGGCUGACGAAGUCCCUGUCAUUUCUCGAUAAAGCUACUAGGUGUGAUUUCUUUUCUGGAAAAUGAAGAUGGAUCACAGAAUGCUAAACCCUGCUGCUGAAAUAGAAAAAUUCUCAAAACUUGGAACACAAGAUCUGCAAAACAACCAUCUAGAAAGGGCUCUGGAAUCAUUCAAGUAUGCAUACAAACGCUCAAAAGAACUAGAUGAUGACAGUUACACUGAAAGAGCCUGUGCAUUUAAUUUAGGCGCAGUGUACAUUGCUCUUGGAGAUGGGAAGAAAGGGAUUGAAAUCCUUAAUAAAGCAUUGCCACCAGAUAAUGCCAGGGAAGGGAGGUCUAAUGGGGACCUUUUCUUUAACUUGGGGCUAGGGCAUGAGAUGACAGGGAAUACUGAGGAAGCAGUAAGAAGUUAUAAAAAGGCUUUUGAGGAAUACAAAAUAGAAAGGGAUAAUGUCCAAAUGGAGGCAGAAACACUGGAGAAAUUAGGUCAGCUGUAUCUAAAAACUAGAAACAAAUUUACCAUGGAAACUUUUGAUCAGUUGGCCCAGACCUAUGAAAUUUUGAACAAUCCAUCUAAGCAGUUAUGGGCAUUGACUGAAAAGGCCAAUCAACAGUUUGCCAAUGCACUGGCUGAAGAAUCUGAGAAAACAGCAGAAGAGUGUCUAAAACUGGCAGAAAAAUGUGGUCCCUCUGUCAAUCUAGGCACCAUCUACAAUGACUUAGGACUGAUAUUUACGCAGAGACAGAAAUAUGAUAAGGCAGUUUCGUGUUUUGAGUUGGCAUUGCCGAUGGUUGAGGGCCCAGAAGGGGAUGAAAAGCAGAUGGCAGUGCUUCUCCAGAACCUUGGGGCUACGUACAACUUCUUGGGAAACUACCAGAAAGCUGUAGAGUACCAUGAGAAGGCUGGGGAUAUGUAUGCUCGAUUACGAAACAGAAAUAGCCAAGGACAGUGUUUUGCCAAUAUGGCUUUUGCUUACAGUCAGCUUGGUGAUAUAACCAAUGCAGGAGAGGCCUUUUUACAUGCCCUACAAGCAGCAAAAGAUUCGGGUGACAAGAGAACACAGUGGCAGGUAAGUGAGGGACUUGGAGCUGUGGCUUUUAAUCAGAAUAAUAUCAAGAAAGCAGUGGAGUACUUCCAGAAAGCUCUGACCCUGGUGGCAUCAUCAGAACCCUCCAAUACGGUGGCUCAGAAUAGGAUUGUAGCUAAGAUAACGCUGGCCCUACAGACACAGGUCCAGAAGGAGAGUGCACCAGCUGUAAAGGAAAACCGCACUAAGAAUGUGGUUGGCAGAACACCAGUCCGAGAACCUUUAAUAAAGAAAGAGGUGGCCACCCCAGUACAGGCCAGUUCCACUCCUGUUGGAUCCCCCCGCAGGCAUGAAAGAUUUGUACCAGUUGGCAGGAAAGGUUCAUCCCUGAGAUAUGAAAAAGUCGCCAGAGGUCUCAGCAAGGACACCAUUAUAACAGAAAGUAUUCGAUCCAGUACACGGAACUCAAUGAUAGAUAUAGAAUCUGAGGAGGAGGAGUCGUCAGGGGAUUCUGAGGAGGAGGAAGAAGAGGACAACUCUGAUAUUGACAAGACCAUUCACAAGACAGAAAUGGCAGAAACAAUCCAGGGAAGGGCCAGUAGAAGCAACACUGGGAGGUCAAGUGUGAUGAAUACAAAUAGAAGACAGAGUACAAAGAUGGCCCAAAUACAAGGUCUUCACAACGAUUCAUCUGAUUCAUCAUCAUCAGACUCCUCAUCUGAAUCAGAGGAAGACACAGCAAGAAAUGAUGAAGAAGACGAUGAAAAAGCUGUUAAGGAGGCCUUGAAGAAACAGUUAGAUAGCCAUGAGAGUUCAGACAGUGACUCAGAUGUAUCACAAAAGAAUACCAGAGAUAAGACAAGACCAAAGCAGGCUAAAGAGGAAAGUGAAAGCUCUGCAGAUGAAGCUCCCCCUCUUCCAACCCAGUCCCCACCCCAAACUAAACUACUGGGAGGAACGUACGAAACACCAGAGAGGGUGCAGGACAGGAAACUUCACUAUGCUGACAUUGAGCAUACAGGAUCACCCAAGUCUGGAGGUGAGAGAUUUGUCAGGCACUCUGAACAUAGCUCACAUCCUAAUUUCUUGAGUGAUCAAGCAGAUAGCUCCAGUAGUUCAGAGGAGAGCGAUGAUGAUGAUGACAGUGAAGAUGAUCAUAAGAAAUCAUCUGCUAGGAAAAAUGAGGGCUUGGAGGCUAGUGGGACCUAUCAUGAAAUAGAAAUUGGGUCAAUGCAAGGUGCCGGGACUGCAGGAGAAGACGAUCCUCUCUACCAAUCAAUUCCAGCCAGACCAGACACGGCAAGAACUCAGGAUGGCGAAGUGGAUACCCCCACUUUUGAGAAAGGACCGCAGUUUAAAAACUUCUCGGAUUUGCCGCGAGGAAUGAACGUAGAUUCUUCCGCUGCUGAGUCGGAUGUUUUCCACUAUGAGCAACACCAGAAGAUGGCCAGGGAGAGACAAGCGAAAUUAGACCAAGAAAACGAGAAUAAGGAUAGCAAAACCUGCUCUGUGAUGUGAAAUAAUGAUAGCAAAACCUGCUCUGUGAUGUGAAAUAUAAAAUCUUUCUUGCAUUAGCUGUUGUGAACAUAAGUCUUAGUAAUGGAUUCAAAGUCACACCUGUUCAUUUUCAAUGUAAAGAAAUGUUGUUUCGUUCAAAGAUCUUGAAUGUGUCUUUUCUAGUUAUCUCGAGUCAUUCGACAAUUUGGUGAAAAUUGCCAUUGUGAAAAGAUAAAAAAAAUUACUAACGAGUUGAAUUGUUAAUUAACAAAACGCUUGCUGACAGUGCCUGUAAAAAAAUGUCCAUAAUGAUAUCAAUUUUCAGUUAAAAAAAAAAAUUAAAUAGCCAAGCUUGAUUAUGUUUUAAAUACAUGUAUUGAAAUUAUGGUCAUACACACGCACUCCACCACAUAUAUAUAUGUCAAAAUAAGUGUCGUAAACGCAUGGAUAUGUUCUAGUUUCGUGCUUGUGAUUUGAAUUGAUCAGCAAAUAA